GGAGCUAGAGGCAAGUCAUGUGCCAGAGUAUUGUGGUGCUGUGUACAUUAUAAUGCAAGUAGAUGACCUUAAUGCUAUUGAUGAGCCCAAUAAAGUGAACAACAUCAAAGCAGCAGUGGCAUUUAUAGCAUGUGAUGAAGAUGUCUACAGUAUGGUGGCUGAUGUUAAUAUACAGUCUGAAGUCUACGGUGAUCUGCCUGUCACUCUUACAUUUCAAGCAGAUAUCUAUAAUGCACAUUCAAACAAUAUUGAAACAAAUAAUGGAGAUGACAAUUUUGAAUUCAAGCUAUAUGGACAACAUGGAAGUAAUCUGAACGUAGCAGAGGCAAUUGAUAUUACACCCGAGUGGAUCAUGCCCUUUGAGGAUAGGUCCCAGUUUACUGAAUCACAUGACACAGAGACCAGCAAGUCAUUUGGCAAGAUAUUUGGCAGUGUUCUUAUACCUGAGAGUAUGUGUGAGUUAGGGAUGGAUCACAUUAUACUAUUGGUGGUCUCACGUAACCCCACCAUUGCUGGUGCUGAUGGAUAUGUAGAGAGUUUGAUUCAGAACAACUACAAAGCUGUACCUGUCAGCUGUGUAACAGAUAACCAACCAGCAGUUGAUGUGGGUAUUCGCAGUGUUAGGAGUGGUGAUCUAAUCUUUCAGCUUGAGGGAGAGAACAAUCAACUCAUCCUGGAGAAUUCUAAAUAUUUCCAUUUGGAAGCUGAUUUGAAAGUAAAUCCAAAUGCAGAUAAUUUAGAUAUGCUGAAUAUACCAUACACAGUGAGAAUUUAUUCUGGGACAUCAAGCAUAGAGAAGAGAUUUCACUACACAGUGACCCUCUCUGGAGAUGAACUGUCAGAAUCUAAAGUGAUAGACCUGGGUCAGCAUAUAUAUGUUGAUCCAGUAGACUUCCUUGGUAUGUGUGGCUCACAGUGGAGAAUGGAUGUAGAGAUUAACCCCAAUGAUGUAAUGCCAGAGUUUGAUCUCAACAACAACUACGCUGUCAUUGAGGAUGUUGGAGUGGAGGGACCAUUGUGCAGUGGUGCAUUGAGUCUAUCUCUAAAGAAGUUGAUGGUUGGUCCUGGCUAUGAAAAUCCUAUCUUGUAUACUGGUACAACCACUGACUUCCUAAUAGAUGUGGAUAUUCUGAUUGGUGGAGAUUCACCUGACCUGACCUCUGUGACCUAUGACAUUGUCAUUUCAUUGGAUAAAGCUUGGAACAGCAGUAGUAAAGUGUGGAUUGCACAGGGAGCAAAUGUGGAUUUGAGUUCAGGCUCAGGCAUACAUACUUUAAGUCACAGAGUAUCUAUUUUCAAAAGUGAAGAUAUCACCCAUGAAGAAUAUCACGCAAUAUGUGGAAAAUCUCCAUAUAUAGGCAUUCACUUGAACUCCGACAGUGCUGUGUCCAGCUUAGAUGAUCCAGAAGACAUGUCUGCCUGGACACAAGUGAAAUUCCUGUGUUCUGACAUUUCAGGACUGGCUUUAUCAAGAUUUGAAGUAACUGGUAAGAUAAAUGGAUCCAGCAUAAAUGAAGACACUAACAAUGUCAUCGUAUUUGAUGUGGAUGUUCAAAACAUUGGUGUGUCUAUCCAGGAACCUUUGGAAGCAUAUGAGAACCUGUUCUACUUUAGGUUGUACUUAAUGACAGGUGGGGGACUGGAUGACCCUGAUUCUGUACUUCAGAUGAUUCGCUUAGACAAGGAACAGUGGGAGAACCAUGAUCCCAGGAAUGAAAAGCUGGAGGGUUACUCUGUGAGAAGAUACAGAAAUGUCACAACCCCUCUAUACAUAACACAAGAACAAUGUAUAAGUAGCACAUUUAUCUGCUUGGAUGUUGUGAGAGAUGAGGGUGUUUAUCCAGCAUGGGUGGAUGAUUUGAUUAAAGAUAAUAUAACAUGCUAUGACCUCAAUGCUGGACAGGUUCGCAUGUCUUGCUCUGGAGACAUUGGACUUUCAAGUUUAGAGGCCACCUCAGGGUCCCUAGCAUACCUGUAUAAAGAUGUCAACACAUCACUCCACUUGGCAACAGUUCUGGAAUUCACUGGGAGACCGAUGACUGGAAGGUUCCUUCAGCUCCAAACCUUCCUUAGUGAUACUCCACAUAUCACACCAAGUGCUGGGUUUAACAAUGGAGUUCCUCUUAUACUUGGGAGAAUUGUUCUAGAUGGCUACUCUGAAGAAACUUUAGAAGACAUCCUCAUGAGCGAUACUAGUUAUCCUCUAUCAGGAGAAAUCCCAAUUGUAAUCAGUGAUGCAAUGUGUGAGUUAAGUGAGGUGUAUGUGUGUAUAAAGUAUAUGAUGACUGAUGAGGUGCUGGCCCCUAUAAAUGAUACCAAUGGCUCCAAUGAUGCCAUCUGCACAAAUAUCACUGCUCUGCUAAGCUGCUCUGGAGAUACUGUUGAUCUAAAGCCAGUUCUACUAGAUGUUGGCAGUGGCUCACUCUCCAGUGAUGUUGGCAACAUGUUUAGUCUACUUGUUGAAACUGCAAUAGUUGGAGAAGGCAGGUCUUUAGUCUACAACACUGCGCUCUAUCUCUCUGAGGAUGAUCAACUACAGGGUGACAUUGACAUGGAAGUUCCAUAUGAUGGUUUUACUCUUGGGUCUGGCUUGGGAGAAAUGAAGCGUUUCUUGCCAGUUGGAGUCCAUACCAUCAACCUUGGUGGUAUCCCUCUCUACCUCCCAGAUGAUUUGUCCACUAACUACCCACAGCUUUGUGGUGAUGUCUACAUUAUUGCCCUUAUAGAUAAAGAUAACUCAGUGGCAGAGAUAAAUGAGAGCAAUAACUACAUUGCUGAACGUGUCUCAACAAACUGUCCUGCAGAAAUAUUCAAACUGAGUGAAUUGGUGUUCAGGCCCAUCCAGCCAUUGUUUGCAGUUGAUGCCUCUCAGUUUCAAUUUGAUAUCACAGUACAGAACAUGAGGAGGAAAACUCUACCAAAAGCAGUCCCUAGUGCACCAAACUACAUCUUUAAUGUAUAUGCAACAUGGAUAAAUACUGAACUAGAUGAGUUUGAGUCUCAGAUCUUAACCCUCCUGACUGACUUCACCUAUCCACCAGAAUACUACCAACCUAUGAGACCAUUUGAAAAGGUCAGAUUAGAAGGAGUUACUGCCACUUUGUACCCAGAUUUCUUCAUUCCUGAGAAAUGUGAGGCGAUUGAAAAAUUGAGAGUGGAGAUUAUGCCAGGUGGUGCAGUGAGUUUUACGGAAACAAUCUUCCCAGGCCAAUGGAGAAGAUGCAAGCAGCCAAUAUAUUAUGGCGAUGUUGAGCUUCAAGCACUAACAGCGCCAAGUUCUAUCAGAGUACCUGGGGAGCCAAAGCUUCGUCUGUCAGUAGUAGCUAAAGUGGGGGAUCUGGCACCAGCCUUGCACCCAUGGGACUUUGUAACAAGGCUUUACAUGUCUAAAGAUAGCAUUUUAGAUAAAGGAGAUGUUCUCUUGCAGAAUAUGUAUAGUAAUCAAGUGAUCCAAGGCUAUGCCAAAUUAUCGCCACUACCUGAUGAUUUUGUACUUGGUGUGCCAUCAGACAUGAGCUACUGUGGUCCUAUUUAUAUGAUUGCUGUAGUGGAUGAGGAUGUUGACUUACUACAGAGAGACAGAACCAAUGAUGUUAAGGUUGCCAAGACAACCAUCAUAUGUGAUGAAGAUUUCUUCAGUAUUUCUAACAUGGAUUUUGAGAGCUUUGGUGGUACACUGGUUGAGGGGUAUACAUCUGAGUUCGGUAUAGAUCUAGAGAUCACUUGUACUAAAGAGAAUUGUAAUGUACCAGCUGCAUUUGAGAAUAUAAGAUUCACUCUGGAAUCUCACACGCCUUCUAAUACAAGAUUUGUGGAUAUAUUGUCAAAAUCCUCACGUCAAGUCAUCACUCCAAAUGAGAAAACAAGUUCAGGAGAAUCUGGCGAGAAUAUGGAUUCUGAUGUGUCGGGCUCAGGGUCAGGUUUAGUUUCAGGUUCAGGAGUUGGUGACGACUCUAUGAAUCAAACUGAAAUUGCUGACGAGACAACCGGGAAGGAUGAAAAUGAUUUUAAGAUGACAGUAUCACCAGGAGUUGAUGUUGGCUUUAAUUUCCAAGGCCAUACUAAGAAGUUCCAUCUUUCUGGAAACCUCAAGGUUCCAAAUGGCAGAUGUGACAUAUCCGGCUUCAAUACACUGAUGUUGUCCUUGGACUUUGGUGCUAGCCUAACUGGACAGGUUGACGGGAUCCCAGAGAACUCAAAGAUGUCUGUUUCCUACCCAUGUGUCAAAAAAUGCAAGUCGAUGUGUAUGUAUCUGAGGAUGAUAAGCUGGAUAAUGGGGAUACACCACUGUAUGAUGGUAUGACAAGAGGUCUAAGUCGCCUGGUCAACACACAGUGGAAAGAUGGCCAGAUUAAGACCUUUCAAGAUUUAACAGGUAUCAUCGUUCCAGCAGGACAUUGUGGAAAUCAGAACAUUAUCUUUUAUGUAGAUACAAGGAAUCAGAUCAAAGAGACUUGGAAGAGCAAUAAUAUAGCCAAUGUUCCAGUGUAUGUGAAUUGUAAUAAAGAUAUGAUUGCCCUGCGCUCAGCUAGCCUACAACAACCAGAGUUCAUAUGGCAGAAUACCCCUGUGACCUUGACCUUAGAUCUAUCUAUUGUGAAUUCAGGGACACAGGCCAUUGCUCCUUGUAUCAACUGUAGCGCUAUCUACUAUGUCUUGGCACUGUCUAGAGAUAAUCAGUUUGAUGUCUCAGAUAAAGUACUAACUGUCAAUGUUCGAGUCCCAAAAGAUGGAGCACUCCAGGCCCAGCGUGGAUUAAAGCCUGAUGAGACUCUUGAGAUGUUAGGACUGACAUUUGAUCUGACUGUGAACCCUACUGACUGCAUGGCCUAUUCUUAUAUGAUAGUGGGUGUGCUGCCUGGGAGCCACCAUCUUACCACAGAAGAGUACACAGAGAAUAACUACUAUCCCACUGGAUUGAAUCUUUUAUGUCAAGAUGCCACUGAUUUGUAUGUAGAGUCAUUUUCUAUGGAAGGUCCAGUUGACUUAGGUGAGACUGUCAUGUUCUCUUUGGCUGCUCAGCUUACACAUGACAGUGAUGAGGAACUAGAAUAUUUUAAGUAUUCCUUCUGGCUGUCACUUGAUGAUGAGUUCCAGGCUUUGGUGGACAGUCCACUUGAGUACACAGUGCCAAGCAACAAACCUUUCAUCAUGGCCCCUUCAGAGUCCACUAUCUUAGACCUCAGCAGCUAUGAUGAUUACACUAGUCUAGUUAUACCAGAGAGCACUGAUAAGAUGUUCUGUGGUGAAGUGUAUGUCAUAGUUGUACUAGACUCUGGCACUGCUGUUAAGGAGAUAGAUGAGGGGAAUAACUGGCAGGCUGCUCCUCUCACUAUAGUUUGCACAGGAGAUAUGUUCUACACCUCAAACUUCCAGUACCAUCUGUCAACAACCAAACCCUGGCAAGAGGAGCUCUUCAGAAUGGAGAUAAAUGUUGAUGUAAGAUGUCCAUUCAGCGCUAAUUGUCCAACUGCAGCUACUUCACCUACAGUAUCUUUUCCUGUUCAUUUCAACUUUUUAUUGAAACUGUAUGACAGUGAAUUCAAUGAAGUAGAUAUGAUGAACCCUGGUAGAAUAGAUGCUGGUUGGGUUGUGAACAUGGAAGGAGAUGGUGAUACAUUUACUCUAUUUGAACCUCUGGCUGGAUUACAGACUGACUUUACAUUGCAACCAGGAAAUUCCCAGCAUUUGAGAAUGGCUGGAGUGUUCAGCUUUGACAACAUCUACACAUGCAGUCAGGUGAUGUAUAUUGGACUGAUCCUUGAGCCUGGAGACAGUGAAGAAGUGGCCAAUGGGAAUUGGGGAAUCACUGAAAAUGACAUCAGGAUUCAGCCAUUUGAGUUAAACUGCAAUCCAGCCGCAAUUGACUUCUUUGUGUCAGACUUCUCACUAGAUGGUCAGCUAGAAGAUAUCCAAAUUGAAAUGAAUCGGGAUACUAUCCUCUACCUGUUGUUUAAUGUAGGUGUCACCAUACCGCACACAGUUCCAGACAUCCCUGCUGAGGGGCCACUUAUAGGGGCCAAGAUGUACCUCUCUGAGGAUGCCACCAUCGACAGAAAUGAUAUCGACAUUGGGUACAAUUUCACUGAGACAGAUCUUGAGGAAAUGCAACAAAAAGAUUUCAUUGAUGGCCAGGUGUAUCAAUUUACUCAAGUCAGCUUUCAAUUACCCAAAGACCCAUUGAUGAAAUUCUGUGGGCAGCAGGUGUAUUUGGGUAUAUACCUUGAUCCUUAUGGGGAGUGGUGGGAGACGGAUGAAGCAAACAACAUCAAGCAUGUACAAAUAACCGUCGCCAACUGUCCAGAUGGGUUUGAUCUGGUUAUGAGAGACUUUGAGGCUUCCGCCGUUGCUACGUCAGGUUCCCAGUUAGAGUUUGAAUUGGCUGUUGAUCUGGUUACUGUAGGGCCAGGUCUACAGCCUAGUGCAUUCAAUGAUACACUGCAGAACAUAUAUCUAAGUGUAACACUAUAUGAUGGUACAGGACAGGAUGAAGGUGGUGAAAUAAGGUAUGACUCCAAUGGGGUGGAUGGUUUCAUUGCUAACUUGACUGCACCUAUCUCUGAGCCUGGUCAGGCACAUGUUAGUCCACUGAAUCUGGAGAAUAUACCACCCAUUGAUAUACCAGGAAUACAGAGCUUCUGUGGAAAAUCUUGGUUGAUGGAAGUAAAAGUGAUGUUUCUACCUGAUACAGUUGACGAUAUGAAUGAAAUGAAUAAUCACUUCAGACACCAUAUAAAUAUUAUUUGUGCAGAUGACCAGCUUACGUUAGUGGACAUUCAGAAUGUACAAUGGCCAGAAUCCUGGUGGCCACUGUCUGAGAAUGAAGUCCAAUUUACGGCUGAAGUACAGAAUCUCGGAUACUCAACAAUCUCUGCAGAUUCUUGGCUUUACAAGUUGGAGCAGUUUUUCUCCUUAGAUGAUAUAUUGGAUGAAGAUGAGGAUGUCAAGACAAAUGUUUAUGAAGACAGUGAAGUGUAUGAGUACCCGGGAAUGAUAGCACCAAGAGCCAAAGUGAAAAGUUCAAUGCUAGCAGGUGUACUACAGAUUCCAACUAUGUCAAUGUGUCAAGAUGCCAUGGCAGACUGGUCUAAUCCAACCAUGUUCUGGAGGUUGAAACCUAACACCCCUGAGCUGUCACUUUUCACCGGAAAUGACAUUGUUCAAUACCCACUGGACAAGUCCAUGUUUCACUGCCAGGAGCAACAGGUUGAUCUGUCCCUCAGUGGGUUCAAGCUUGAGGAGAACUACAAAGAAAAGAUUGAAAAAUUAGAAAUGUUUGCUUAUGAACUUGACAUGUCUGUUCACAAAUUUGGUGGAGGUGAAAUCCCAGCAGCAUCUGUAGUAGACCGUAAAGACUUGAGUAUUGGACUGUACUUCUAUCUGAGUCUAGACUCCCACCUCAGUAUUGAUGACACCAAGCUCUACUACGAAUACACAGACUCACAGAGUAGCAUCUUAAGACGAGGUAUCUUGGAUGAGAUGUUGGAUACUGUAGUACUAAACAUAGGUGCAGAUAACAUGAUGAUAAAUGUCUUUGAACAUGAACAAUAUAAAAAGUAUUGUGGAAAAGUGAAUAUUAUUGCCAAGUUAGAGAAUUUGAAGUCAUUGACUGUGAUUGAUCCAAAUUUGGUGAAGAAUGUACAGAGUGUUCCCAUAUUUAUACCAUGCGAUGGUGACACAUUUCAGUUGACAGGGUUCACCCUGCAGCCACUUGUACCUUUCCUUUAUAGUGAUGUUGACAUUCAAGUACAUAUCAGUGCACAUAUUAAUCAAUAUGGUGAACCAAUUAUCGCAACUAUAGACAACAGAGCCAAUAUUCAACUGAAUCUUUACCUGUCUGAGGAUAAAUAUCUAAGCUAUAAGACUGACUCGGAGGUAGCUAUUGUUGAAACAGACGACUACAUUAAAGAUGCUCUUAGUGGAUAUAUUGAAGAGGACCUCUUGAUUGAUGGAGAAAUGGUUGUAAAUGUGCCUCUAGGGGCAUGCACUCUGCCAUAUUUAAUCCUUAUGCUUAACCCUGGAGUUGCCAUAGAUACGAAGGACAUGUUUCCCAAUAACAACUUUUAUGUGUUGGACAUAUCUAGCAUGCUACGCUGCAGCUCUAGUGCCCCUGAUAUCCGUGUGGACAUGUUCAGUAUAACAUCACUGCACCAUACAUCCCCACACCAAACAUCCCUGCAGGACAUCCACCUGGGCCAUCACUAUUCAUUUAACCUCCAGGUCUCUGUCAACGUUCCAGUGGGAAUGUCCCUGGGCAAAGAAGAUGAACAACUAUUCAAGUUUCAGUUUUAUGUGUCAUUAGAUAGGGUUCUAGAUGAUGAAGACUAUGCAAUGGACUAUAAGGGUUUGUUACAAAGAGUCUACACUGAUGGUGUAUUCACGGGUUCAAGUUCUUUGAUACUGGACAGUACAUUUGAGCUGUUGUACAUCCCAUACAUGCUGGAUGUUGGACUCUGUGGCAGGGUGUACCUCUUGGCAGUUGUAGACAGUGAGAAGUGGAUAGAGGAAACCUCAGAAUAUAACAAUGUUUAUCCACUACCUGUUGAUCUUCUAUGCUUACAUGAUGUAUUUGAUAUGACAAAUGAAGCUGUGUAUCCUCUGAAUCCUUUCCACAAAGCACCUGCAUUAUUGGACCUUGAGUUCACCCUUAUCAAUCUACUAGAAAUGGACCUCAUAGCAGAUGAAUUCUAUCAGCCUUUUGAUAUCAAGGUGUAUGUCACUAAUGAAAAUAGUGAUGAUAAAUUGCAUCAUGAUGUGUCACCCAAGCAAUGGUUUUUCACAAAAGGACGGACACCAUUUAAUGUUGAUGUCAUACCAGCUAGGUCUGCAACAACUUUCAAUGUGUCUGGUGAGAUAGACAUCACAACAGCAUGUGAGGCAUCAAUAGAUCCUAUCUUAGAAGACCACAACAGUCUUGUUAGUUAUGCUUUGCUAGUGUUUGAAGUGCGCCUGGGUCACAGUAGUUAUGUCAAUAAUGUAGUGGAAGCAGUGUUCGACAAUAAUGUCUACAGUGUUAGCGUGGAAGUCAACUGUGAAGAUGACAGCACUGAUUUAUUGGGAAGUCCUGACAAACCCUUUUCUCUGGUGUCAGGAGAUCUUGUGUUUGGAUUCAAUCCAUAUAACUUUGCAGUCAGGGCCAAGGUAUCAGGUCUAGAUGGUGGAUGGGGAGUUCAGUCGAAUGAUCAACCAAUGAUGUUUGACUUCCUAUUCAUUCUGGAAGCUGGUGGCAUCCAACAGGGUGCUUUCUUCGAUACUGCAGUACACAUGGAUGUGAUCAAUGAGAAAACAAGAGCCACAAGGGACAUAGAUCUUUCAGCCCCAGAAACUAACUCUGGCUUUGUCAUCACACAAUUAGAACAUCUCUACUUGUGUAACUACCCUGGUCAAAUAAAGGUGGCAGCAGUGGUAGAUAUACUUUUACAGGUUGAUGAGACAAAUGAAGAUAACUUCAAUGAUAUUAAUACCUAUGUUACUGGAGUGUCCAUGCGCCCUGAUCAGUGUAAUGAUGAUUCCAUAGACAUCAAAUUGCAGAAGUUCACCAUAGACAAUUUACAAGCUGGAACUUAUAUGCCUGGUCAGGAACUCUCAUAUACCAUAGAUAUACUUGUCACAACCACUGGGAAUGCAAUGUUUCCUCAGAAAACAGGACUAGAUACCAAUUUUGAUAUGAUGUUUGUGUUGUCUAAUGAUCCCAUAUUUGGGGGAGAUGAUCUCAUUCUACCAUUUGGGGAAAUGAGUUCAGAGCAACUCAAGGUUUUACAGGCUGAAAUAGGUAUGAAAAGCACAGUGACCAUUGACUUGAGUGGGUUUGGACUCUCUAUUCCUCUUACAAAGUCUGUCUACCAGUACUGUUGGCAACACCCAUACCUCGGUGUACAUAUAACUGCAAACAACAAGACAGAGGACAACAUGAUUAACAAUAUACAAUUCUAUAGAUUCAUAUUAGAUUGUGGAGAUUCUGUGAAUGAGUGUGACAGUGGUGUUCACAACUGUGACAUACACGCCACAUGUACAGACCUUCCUUACAGCAUAGACAGUCUCGCUGGUGCAGGCUUUCAAUGCACGUGUCUCACAGGAUUUGCUGGAGAUGGAUUCACCUGCGUAGACAUUGAUGUAUGUGCUAUAGAUGACACCCUUUGUCUUACUAUACCUAACUCCCACUGCCUAGACCUUGCUGGCACACACCAGUGUAUAUGCAACAAGGGCUACUCUGAACAUGUUGACGAUGGUUACCAAGUUUGCAGUAAUAUAAAUGAGUGCAUGGAAUCUGACCUACCCUGUAGUGAGCAUGCAGAGUGCAAAGAUACUGAUGGUAGUUUUACAUGUUACUGCAAAGAUGGCUUCCAAGGAGAUGGCUUUAAUUGCACAGAUAUUCCCGAUUGUAAAGAAGAUUCUUGCAACAAUAAAGGAGAGUGUAUAGAGGGCGUUAACAGCUUCACGUGCGAUUGCAGAGACACAUUCUCUGGACCUGCCUGUGAACAUACAAAUGGUGGAUGGAGUGAGUGGUCAGCAAUCAGUCUGACAGAUUGUAGCUCUGGUUGUGGACCUGGAAAAUUCUACAGACAUCGAACUUGUGAUUCCCCUGCCCCCGCUAAUGGAGGGCGCUACUGUCUCUGGGAGAAUGGCAUAUCUAACACUCUAAGCACAGAUUGCUUUAUCAGGGGCUGUGAAGAUGAUCACAUCAAAUGGUGUGACAAGGACCCCUGCUUUGCUGAUAAGGGAGGUAUUUGUCUGUACCAGGACAAGGGCAAGUCCUUCAG